CAUAAUUCGACAUAAAAUUAAGUAAACGUAGCCAUCUAGGGCGUAGUAAAAAACAAAGUUGUCGCCUACCAAUCAAGACGCAGUACAAAUGGCGAGUGUUUUGAUGGUGUUUGUGCGCAAAGGUCUCUCAUUAUUUUUGUUAUUUUAAAGCGAAUUAUUGGUUACUUUCAGGCUCAAGUUAGACCAGAGAGUAGUUAAAGGACCAUGGAAUCAUAAAAGUCCAGGAAACAAUGCAGUAUGUAAUGUAACAAGGCGACAUCCCUCGAUAAGCACAGGUAAACACUUCAAUGCAUGGACGAUGUAGGGAUCUCGAGUGCUUGCUACAGUAAAACGUCUUCAAACAAGUAUGCAAUGAUUGAAUUCAGUGUUAUUGAAAAUCGUGCCAGUGAUAUUUACAGUAAAUCGUGUUCUCUCAGCGCAGUGCGAGGUGACAUUGUGAUAUUCAUCGUAAAGGCAUGGUCAAAAAGUACAUUGUGAAUUGGCAUUGUGUGACGGUCAUCGUAAACACGUAUUGAAUCAGUACAGUUUGAGGUGAAAAUUUACAUAUAUUCAUAAUAACUUGUAUUCCAGUAUUGCCAUGCAGAGGGAAAAUGAUAUUCAUCUUACAGUGCAUUGCAGUGUGAAAGUAAGUGAUAUUUAACGUAAAUCGUGUUCAUGCACUACAAUGGGAAAUGAAAUGAAAUGUAAAAUCAAGCUAGAAUUAAUCGUAAAUCGUGUUCAGUCAGUGCAAUGAAGAGUGAAAUCAAGUGGUUCAAUGUAAAUCAUCUUCAAACAGCAACGAUGAGUGAAUUAAAGUGAUAUUCCUUGUAAAUCGUGGUCAGGCAGCGCAUCAUGGAGUCGUGUGGCGCUCACCUGGGAGAGGACGUUACCGUGGAGGUUUGAAGGCUUCGAGGAGUGUAGUGACUUGGCCGCGUUGUCAAGGCGUCUCCGAGGUGUCUUCAGCGUCGUGCGUAAGGUUCGGAAGGAGACAUGUGUGGCAAAAUUAGCGUGUUUAGGGGAGUCUAGCCUCAAGCAGCGGCGGUGCCAGGCAGCGCCCUGCGCCACUCCGCCAGAUGGAGAAGGCAAGCAGGACCUUCGCGCUGCUGACCUUCGUGAGCCUCGUGUUUAUCUUCAUUAUGCUCACGAGUCUGGAGCUUGAAUACACACGCCAGACUCAACUACACCCGAGAAGGACACAGCUUGAGGCCCACGACAACGACGGCGAGGGUGAGGGUGGCCAGGACGAGGAAGAGGAGGAGGAGGAGGAGGAGUACGCCAGCGAAGAAAACGAAGACGAGGACGAUGACAACAAUGACAGUGUGUGUCGGGACGUGUUUGAGAUCCGGAAGACCUCACCAAACAUGACCGAGUGGAUGACCAACGCGGUGAAGGUCAUCAGGGCCAAGAAGAGGAAGAGGCGCUUUAUUCCCAGUCUCUUCUACGAGGUGGUGGGCCAGGAGUCCCCUGCCAUGACAGCCAGAGUCAACGACAGCUCCGGCCACCUGGGAUCCAACCUCACCGUAGCCAAGGAGUGGCGUCUGGACCUGGCCGGGGGUUACCUGCCGCACCUGUCUUGCCACCUGAGGAAGUUCGACGCCCCGGAGGUGGACAGGUGUGUGCGGGCGCGCGGGCGGGCAGGCAAAACUACCAAGGUCACUUACGUCGGGGACUCCAGGAUCAGACUGCAUGUUGAGCUCCUUAUUGACCUCCUGCGUGACCUCCGACCCAAGAUUACGACCUACAAGGGCGAGGAGAUCACGGUGGAGGACUUCUUGGGCGAGAAAGGACAGUCACAGUGGAUGAAAUACAAGAAUAACUUCCGAGUGGAUAUGGAAGGCGCGGGGGAAGGCGAAGAGGCGAGAAACGGGAGUGGAGGAGGAGGUGAAGAAGGAGGGAGCAGACUCGCCAUCAACUUCCUCUGGGCCGCGUUGAUAGAGCUUUCAGAGGUGCCGCCGAAAGACAAGGGUCAGGAGAAUUAUGUGGGCGCGAUGGAGUUCCUGGAGAGCGUAAGCCACGCUCCUCAAGAAGACCUCCCCGACCUGUUGAUCCUAAACACGGGGGCCUGGCAGCUGGCAACACCCACCCUAGACUCAAUGCUCGAGAAGCUGGACAAGGCCGCCGUUGGUGUCAUGGUCAAGCUGCGGCGCGUCCUGGAGCGCCUGGCAGCACGCACCGCCGUGGUCUGGGCACUCCCCGACCCACUCAAGGAAUACAUCAGCCAUGACUAUAGUGGGAACGGACACUUCACCCACCAGACCAACAGGAUGCUGGAGUGGCUCAGCAACGCUCAGACGUCCCUGCAGCCACCGGGCGUCAUCGUGUGGGACUCCUUCCUGCCCGUGGCUCACCGCGCCGCCGGUGACUGUGUCAACCUUAUCCUGGAGAAGGUGGAUCUAAACACCUUGCCGCACUACUCAGUGUUCCCGCCGCCCAACACCUGGAACUGCUGGGAGCGAAUGCACAUCGGCCUUGAGGCGCUAAGCGUGGCUGUUCAGAUGAUGCUGAACCACGUGUGUAACCCUUACCUCCCUCCUACCGGCCACUGCUGUAGCGGUGGGGGUGGGGGUGCUGGUGAGGGUCAAGGGGGUAUUAAAGGAUCAUGA